UCCCUGGUGGUCCUAUAGUGCCCUGUGGUUCAUGCAGGGCAUUUUUCCAGGGCCAAUGGAUGCAGCUGUUGGGAGGUCAGGGGAGGCUGGCGCCGAAGGGGUGAAAAUCAGGGAAGGGUAGCAUGCGAAGAUCAAAUAUCACAAUACUUGGCAACAAGAAUAAUGAUAAACCUGCAAUUUUGCUUUUGGGGCAUCAUCAAAAUGUCUCCAACUCAAAACAGCUGCCUCAGAACCUUUCACAUGCCCCUGCCCUAGCAAUCAGUUGGUGUCAUUGAAAACUCCUGCUCACUUCUCUGGCACCCCGUGAACCCUGAGGGCAUGGGGCCCAGCACAGACUUUGCCCUCAGGAAACAUUUAAUCCUUUCUCACUCCCCACUGAACCUCUUUCUCCACUUUAGCUGCUGCAGAUGCUAUUUGAGGAAGCUCUGCCCCUCAGGGGCUCCGAGCACAUCCUUAGUACUCUCAGCCUGGGGCAGGGUCUCCUUUUCCUUGACUGUGAAAUGGCUGAAUUCUUGGUUCCCUCCCCGUGGGAGGAUCAGUUGCACUGGAGGCUGGGGAACUUCUCAGUUUGUGACAGGUCUUGUGCUUGUGUGAUCCCGGCUGAGCCCCACUGGGAGUGCCCAGGACCUGCUCUCUUCAGGCGCGAGAACCUGUUGGUGCUGGAUGUGCCCCCUCUGGGUUUGGUGGUGGAAGAUGCCAGUGAAGUAGAGGUGUCUGACCCAAGAGCUGCCUCAGAGCUGUACCUGCAGGCUGCAGGUGGUGAGGGCAGAGCCUGCCCCCUGCUGCAGGUACUGGCUGGUACAGUUGUUGAAGUGGAGGGUUCUUUGCCCUGGAUUGUCUCAUGGCUCCUGGGAGGAAAUAGCUACAGUAGCCUACUGCUUCGCUUGGACCCCCAAGGCAGCGACCUUAGCUUGCUCCAGGCUGCCCUGCUGGGGGCCGUGAGAAGGAGGAUGCAGGUGAAACAGGUGACGCCAACCCUGUGGGAUACAGUAGAGGAGGCCCAGGUCCGCCGGGCUGGUCUGAGGACCCUGUGUUCAGGUCUUCUUGGGGCCACCCUGACAGAUGGUGGGCUCAGCCGGCUGGGCUGGGCUGAACUGCGGGAGCUACAGGUGGUAAAAGCCCGGAGUCAGCGGCCAGGAAGCCAGAUGCUCAGAGAGGCCAAAGCUGAGGCCAGGGUUCUCUCAGAACCACAAGUCCCAGAGGUGGCCCUGCAGUUCUUCCUGGCCCAGGCCCGGAGGCAGAGACUGCGAGAGCAGCACCAAACUCAGAUUGAAGAAGAGCUGAAGCAUUUAGAACAGCAGGAAGAUGUGGUGGCAGAUGACCAACUCAAAGUCCUGGUGGCUGGAGAGAAGGUAAGCAGUCAAGAGAGACAGAGAUGGCACCGGGAGCAGAUAGUGCUGAGACUCCAGCUGGACAGCCUUCAGGCAGAGUGAGACACUGCGGAGCAGGACCUGGUAGUUCUCUACGACCUGCUCGUGCAGGCCACCACAGCCCAGGCAUGCCAUGUGCUGCAGGCACGGGUGUUUCGAGCCUGGCGGAGACUAUGGGAGGAACAGGCCAUGACUGCAGAACAUUGUCACCGCAGCCUACUGGUUGGUGUCCUGAAAGACACCAUCAGCCUUGCCACCCAGAACCAGGAGCUCCAAGCCCAGAACCAGCAGCUUCGGCAGGGUGCAGACUUGGGGUGGGGGGUGGGGAGGAGGUAG